GUGCGUGAUACAGGCGUAGGUGUGGUGUUGUGUUGACCACAGACUCAACUGUCUUACCAGACGUAUUGCAACCAUCAAGCGUCGUUUACAAACCCUAACAUCACAUCACAAAGCUCUCAGCGAUGGCAAGCAAACGCACAGGCAAGAAGGUUACGAAAAAGCGCGGACAGCGAGCGACGUCGAACAUUUUCGCGAUGUUUGACCAGGCUCAAAUCCAGGAGUUCAAGGAAGCGUUCAACAUGAUCGACCAAAAUCGAGACGGUUUCAUAGACGCUGAAGAUCUCAAAGACAUGUUUGCGUCGCUUGGAAAAGAGCCGGAUGACAAGCUAGUGGACAGCAUGAUGGGGGAAGCGCCUGGUCCAAUGAAUUUCACAAUGUUUUUGACUUUAUUUGGAGAGAAGUUGAACGGUACGGACCCCGAAGAUGUUAUACGAAACGCUUUUGGUUGCUUUGACGAAGAAGGAGAUGGGAAAUUGCACGAAGAUCGUUUAAAACGAUUACUUAUGACUAUGGGAGACAGGAUGAGUUAUGAAGAAGUUGAAAUGAUGUACCGUGGAGCGCCAAUUGACUCAAGAGGAAACUUCGACUAUAUUGCUUUCACAAAAGUGCUAAAACAUGGUACAAAGGAUGAAUAAAUACGGACUAGCACACAUUUUGUAAAAGAACCAAAUAUAGUAAUAUAAAUCAAUUGCUAAUAUAUUUCAAUAUGACUUUUUCUUAUUUUUCCACUGGCUGUUUUGUAUAGCAUUAGACCACUUUAGCAUAUUCUUCGGCAAAUAUUCUAAGAGCAAUUGGCUUUGUAAAAUUUCCUAUAAAUAAUGUUAUACAUUGCGAACAUUGUUCUAGUGCUCUUACAUAGGUGUGUAGUAUAUUUUUGAGUGAAAAUACAUUUCUUUGCAUGUGUGUG